AUGUGGAAGAGUGUUGUCGUCUCGCUUGCCCUGCUCUCCGGAGCCAGGGCUGCGGCUGUAGAUGCGCCGUUCAGCAACUACCAAGCCAAGAUCAACGCGAGCCCCCGCAAUCCAGUCUACCCGAUCGACUCGGUCGACAAGAUGGAGUCGUCCGCGAUGCCCAAUGUCGACACCUGGCUGCACAAGAAGAUCGAGACCAACAAAAACAACAACUGCACGCUCGACAACGCGGCCAUCCGCAAAGAGUGGAGCGACAUGGCCGAGACGGAACGUCAAGAGUACACGGGCGCCAUCAAGUGUCUGAUGAAGCUGCCGCCCAAGUCGGACAAGACGCGGUUCCCGGGUGCCAUGAGCCGCUACGACGACUUUGUCGCGUACCACAUGACGCAUGCGAUGCAGCUGCACGACAACAUACACCUGUUUGGCGCGCACAAGUACUUUGUGUGGCUGUUUGAGCAGGCUUUACGCAACGAGUGCAACUACACCGGGUACCAGCCCUACAUGAACUACGACCGGUAUGCCGAAGACCCGGGCAACUCGCCCCUGCUCAAUGGCAACGCGUCGAGCAUGGGCGGCAACGGCGAGCCUGACCCGUCGUACAAGGGCGUGCCGCAGUACGGGCGCACGCCCAACAUCAUCAAGUCCGGCGGCGGCGGCGGCUGCGUCAAGAGCGGACCGUUUGCGGACAUGGUAGUCAACCUGGGCCCGACGUCCGCGUCCACGGGCAGCAAUCUCCCGAAAAACCCGCGGGCCGACGGCACGGGCGCCAACCCGCGCUGCCUGCGCAGAGACGUCAAUCGCAACGCAGCCAUGGGCGCCACCAACGAAAAGGCCUACAGUCUCUUGCAGAAUACAAAAAUGGACAAGUUUUACGACCAGCUGCUUGGCUCGCCGAUUCCAAAGAACGACCCUUACCCCUGGGGCAUCCACACGGCCGGGCAUUACAUUGCAGCUGUCGACCCGGGCGGCGACCCUUUUACGUCACCCGGUGAUCCACUCUUUUACUUCCAUCAUACUUCGUUGGACCGCUUGUGGUGGAUUUGGCAGAGUCAGAACGUGGAGGAGCGGCUAUACGCUGUGCCGUACUCGAAUGCGACCAUGCAGAUGAACAUGAAGAGAGACACAGGAGCGGUGAACACAGCCGGCGCUGCUGGAGACGACACGAACCCGUUGGAGUCGUUGGUGGACAUGGAGUGGCUGGGCCCGGCCAUCAAGCUGCACGAGACGCAUGACCAGUUGGGCGGGAACGGUGGCAAGUUCUGUUACAUUUACGUGUAG